AUCGUCGUCUCCCUACCGCAAUCGAAGAAAGGGCCGGGCUCAACCGAGCCCUCAAAUCGCCGCAUCGCGCCCCUAGCUCUCUCCGUCUCCCUCAUCCUGACCUCGAUUCGAGCUAGUUUCGGGAAGCAAAGGUACCGGAUCAACCCCCUUGAUCACCCAUGGUGCCCAGGGAUAGGGCGCACAGCGCCGCUGCUGCCACCGCGCCCCCGACGGAGAAGCCCGUUCAAGGGCCUAUCCAGAACAACAAGUGCGAAAAGAAGGCUCCAAAGAAGGUGCAUAAAUCUGAGAGAGAGAAACGUAAGCGGGACAAGCAGAAUGAUCUCUUUGGUGAGCUGGGAAACAUGCUAGAACCUGAUAGACAGAACAAUGGAAAGGCAUGCAUAUUAAGUGACACUACACGAAUACUUAAAGAUCUACUUUCACAAGUAGAAUCUCUUCGAAAGGAGAACAACACGCUGAAGAAUGAGUCUCAUUAUGUCGCUUUGGAGAGAAAUGAACUACUGGAUGAAACCAAUAUGAUCCGUGGCGAAAUAUCAGACCUUCAAAACGAGAUGAGGAUGCGGCUAGAAGACAACUCUAUCUGGAGUCAUGACACUUCUAGACCAAAUCUUACAGCACCCCAUCCAGCGACCACAGUAUUUACAUUGCAGCAUUCACCACAUCCACAAGUCAUUGCAACAAUGACACUUCCUCUGCAACAGCCAGCAGUCGUUGAGCAAUCUUACGCUGCCCCACGGCGGGAGCUACAGCUAUUCCCUGAAGCUGCACCCACUGAAGAUACUGAGCCACCACAAAACGAGGGGACCUCUAAUCAUGUGAUGCGGCCGCAGGCGAGGUACCCACCAGCAAUGACCACUUUGCCUGGGCAUGUAUAUCCAGUCCUUCCAAGAGUGGAAGAUGAGCAACGCAGCAGCGGCACUACUGGUAGCAGAGAGGAAGGCGGGGUAGGCAACCGUUAACAGCUCGAGUACAAAACGAGAGAUCUGGCUCACAGUUUGAAAAGUUCUCGUAGUUUCAACUUUAAUGUUUCCAUUCUAGCUGAUGUGCUAAAGAAACCUUAAAACCUAUGCGGCUGUGCCUGCACAUGUAAAUAUCAUUCCACUCUGUAUUACCCGAACUUAAUCUUCAACUAGUUACUUCGAUGGGAGCAAUCUAUCUUUGUUAGUUCGUCCACUUCGUAGUUUAUCUGUAGUACUUGUACCAAGCAGAAGUUCAAGGAGUACCUGAUUCGAGAAAACAUGUUAAUCACUCUUUGU